AUGAGCGCUGAAGAAUUCCUCGCCGACGUUGAAGCCGGCGUGGUGCCGGUGGACUGCCACGAGCACGUGCUCCGGAUAGCAUUUAUCUAUAUGGACGAGGGACUGUGGCAAGACAACGGCGUCUUCGAUGUCGUCGAGAAGCUGCAUGCGCACGGGUGGUCAUUCGGCGAGGGCGAGUUGAGGUUUAACCGCACCCUGGACAUAUUCUACCUCGUCCAAAUCGGAGCGGGCAUCAACCGCUCUGAACAAAUGGAUGGCGACUUCCCCUCCCCUGAUGACUUCGAUACUUUCUACACAACACACCAUGCGCUCCUGAACCCCUCCGCCUGGCGCUCUUAUUACUCCGAGACGUUCCUAAAGCAGCGCACCACAGCGCGCUUCUACCGCCUACCUGACCUGCAAGACUUACCUGACACCGAUUUCCCGCUGGGGCAGCCGUGCAAGCGACCCCACCCCGGCGGUGGGGUACACGCCACGAAACUCGCCCGCUGGGCGUAUAUCGUGUCGCGCACGCGCCGCAGGCAGCCCUUGCUUCCGCUUGAGACUUUCACGGAGUUAGCGCUUAGCACGCUUAAGACGACUAUUACGCGCCUACGCGCGGUCUACCCUAGUGUUCCGCCCUACUCGGAGACACAGGCGCGCUUCUGGCUUGAGUAUAUGAAUCUCGGUCCCCCUGCGGCCAGGGCGGUUUCCCGGGAAUCGUGGGAGCCAAACACCUUUGGGAUACUUGCCGCGCAGGGAGCCUAUGAUGUAUACGCAUGGGAAGAGAAGUAUCCUGCGCAGGUGUGGGAGGCGAGCUGGGAAAGGAAGGGGGUGGUUGAGCCAGAUGUGGAGGAUGGCGUGUGGAAGAGUGAGGUGAUGUGGUGUGGGUGGCCGGAUGGUGGGAUAGGGGCCGUGGCAUGGUGGAGGGGGUGGGAGGGGGAGGUUGGGGGUGAGGAGGAGGUGGAGUUCUUGGCUGCUGUUGCGGUGGAGGAGACAGUAGGCGUAGAGCUAGGUGAGUUGGACUUUGCGGUGCGGUCGCAUGUGUUGCUUGGGGUAGUGCAGGCUGCGGUUAAGGAAGGGCAGGAGAGCGAAGAUUUUCUGAAGGAGCUAGAGAGGGGGAUGGUGCGGAGCGGGAGGAUCGGGGAGGGCAGGGCAAAAGUGUGGCUGAGGGAGGCUUUGGGGGUUGUCGAGCCGUAUGUGAGGAUAUGGGAGGGUGUGUGGCCUGAUGCAGAAGAGGAGAGGGGGAAGGUGCUACGGCGGAUCUUGGUGGAGUAUGGGCAGCUCUUUGCAAGGUGGAAGGUUUCGCCGCUUUUGAAGGAGUUUAGUUUUGAGCUGGGUCCGAGGGAGUAG